GUUUGUCGAUUUGCGUGCAAAUGAGCUUUCUCUCUCCCUCUCUCACAGCUCAGAUCAGUGUCUUUCCCUCUGUCUCUCCUCCCCUCCUCGCAGAAACAGCCCCAAAUUCUUCCCUAAAAUUCGAUUUUCACGUUAGCUUCUAGUCAUGAUUAGGGCUUCAAACUCUCUUCUUCUCGUUUGCAUAUUAUUACUUUGUUCUUUCUGAUGCUUCAGCCACUGGCUCUCUUACCAGGAGAGAGAGAGCCGUCGCUUUAUUUCCCUGCCUCUGAAGCUGGCUCAAGAAAGUUCUCGGUGAUUCUUCUUCUACCCGUGCCUCACUCUGUGUUCAAGCUGAAUUAGUAGCUUUAACGAACUCAAUUGGAGAAUAAUUGUUAUUUUUCUUUGGGAUUGAGAUAAAAAACACGAAGAUUGAGAUCAGGGUUUUGGAGAUACGAGUGUGUUUUCUUCAUUUUUCCUCGUAACGCUUUUCGUUUGGGAGACAAAGUUUGAGGAUAUCUCUGUUCCAGUCAGUUCAAAACACCGAGAGAUUUCGGUGAAACUCCCGGUUCUCUCUGUGGGAAUGUGUUUCUUUACAGAAAAUCGUUGUUACAGCUUCGCCAACCAAUAACUGAGGCUUGAGAAAGAUACAGGCUCUAUCCGCGUCUGUAUAUAUUGCUUUUAACAUUUUGGCUUUUACCUUCGCCAACAAGCAUAACAAGUGUUCCCACUCCAAACCAAGACGGACUUUACAAAGCCAAAGAAUCUUUAACCUCUAACUCUUAAAGCCAAAGGCCACAAAAGAAGCACCUUUCAAACGGCGUUUUCUUGAUUGGCGUUUAAGAAAAAUGGCGAUGGCUGUGGCUCAGCACCAUAGAGAGAGCAGCAGCGGAAGCAUCGACAGGCACCUUGAUGCCGGGAAGUACGUAAGGUACACGGCUGAGCAGGUCGAGGCGCUCGAGCGCGUCUACGCGGAGUGUCCAAAACCCAGCUCGUUGCGCAGGCAGCAGUUGAUCCGGGAGUGUCCCAUUCUCUCCAACAUCGACCCCAAGCAGAUCAAAGUCUGGUUCCAGAAUCGCAGGUGCCGAGAGAAGCAGCGGAAAGAGGCUUCCCGGCUCCAGACUGUGAACAGGAAAUUGUCAGCGAUGAACAAGUUGUUAAUGGAGGAGAAUGAUCGCCUGCAGAAACAGGUUUCACAGCUGGUAUGCGAAAAUGGGUAUAUGCGGCAACAACUGCAAACUGCAUCAGCGGCAACUACUGAUGCAAGUUGCGACUCUGUGGUUACCACUCCUCAGCAUUCUCUGAGAGAUGCUAACAAUCCUGCUGGACUUCUCUCCAUUGCAGAGGAGACCUUGGCAGAGUUCCUUUCCAAGGCUACAGGAACUGCUGUUGAUUGGGUCCAGAUGCCUGGGAUGAAGCCUGGUCCGGAUUCGGUUGGGAUCUUUGCCAUUUCACAAAGUUGCAGUGGAGUGGCAGCUCGAGCCUGUGGUCUUGUGAGUUUAGAACCGACAAAGAUCGCAGAGAUCCUUAAAGAUCGUCCAUCCUGGUUCCGGGACUGUCGGAGCCUUGAAGUUUUCACUAUGUUUCCAGCUGGAAAUGGAGGGACAAUCGAACUAGUUUACACACAGACAUAUGCUCCAACCACACUGGCUCCUGCACGGGAUUUUUGGACUUUAAGAUACACUACAAGUUUAGAAAAUGGCAGUCUUGUGGUUUGCGAGAGAUCUCUGUCUGGAUCUGGUGCUGGCCCAAAUGCAGCUGCUGCUGCUCAGUUUGUGAGAGCUGAAAUGCUUCCUAGUGGCUAUCUGAUUCGGCCAUGUGAGGGUGGAGGGUCAAUAAUCCAUAUUGUUGACCACCUGAAUCUUGAGGCAUGGAAUGUGCCAGAAGUGCUGCGACCACUUUAUGAAUCAUCCAAAGUGGUGGCCCAAAAAAUGACUAUUGCGGCACUGCGUUAUAUCAGGCAAAUAGCUCAGGAGACAAGUGGUGAGGUUGUAUAUGGUUUAGGCCGGCAGCCAGCUGUUCUGCGAACUUUUAGCCAAAGAUUGAGCAGAGGCUUCAAUGAUGCUGUAAAUGGAUUCAAUGAUGAUGGCUGGUCGUUGAUGAACUGUGAUGGUGCUGAAGAUGUGAUUAUUGCAGUUAAUUCGACCAAGAACUUGAGCACCACUUCUAAUCCUGCUAACUCCCUGACGUUGGUUGGAGGAAUUCUCUGCGCAAAGGCUUCCAUGCUACUCCAAAAUGUCCCUCCUGCAGUGCUGGUUCGUUUCUUGAGGGAGCACCGUUCAGAGUGGGCUGAUUUCAAUGUUGAUGCCUAUUCUGCUGCAUCGCUAAAAGCAGGCCCAUAUACUUACCCAGGGAUGAGGCCGACAAGAUUUACUGGGAGCCAAAUUAUCAUGCCUCUCGGCCACACAAUUGAACACGAAGAGGUUCUUGAGGUUAUACGACUUGAAGGCCAUUUACUUCCUCAAGAAGAUGCUUUUGCAUCAAGGGACAUUCAUCUCUUGCAGAUAUGUAGUGGAGUUGAUGAGCAUGCUGUGGGAGCCUGUUCUGAACUUGUAUUUGCUCCAAUUGAUGAGAUGUUUCCGGAUGAUGCUCCUUUGCUGCCCUCUGGUUUCCGUAUCAUCCCAUUGGAUUCAAAAACAUGUGAUGCAAAGGAUUCAGUGGCAACACAUCGCACCCUAGAUUUGACAUCCAGUCUUGAAGUGGGUCCUGCAAUAAACCAUGCUGCAGGAGAUGCACCGUUGGCUCAUAACUCUCGAUCAGUGUUGACUAUUGCUUUCCAGUUUCCAUUUGAUAGCACUCUACAGGAUAAUGUUGCAAACAUGGCACGCCAAUAUGUCCGAAGUGUUAUUUCCUCUGUGCAGAGGGUUGCUAUGGCAAUAUCACCUGCAGGAUUGACCCCAUCUGUGGGACCAAAGCUUUCUCCUGGCUCUCCAGAGGCUCUUACACUAGCGCACUGGAUCUGUCAGAGCUAUAGUUACCAUUUACGGGCAGAAUUGCUGCGAUCUGAUUCUCUAAGUGGUGAUUCGGUGUUGAAAAAUAUAUGGCAUCACCAGGAUGCCAUUUUGUGCUGUUCAUUAAAGUCAUUGCCAGUUUUCAUAUUUGCAAAUCAGGCAGGCCUUGACAUGUUGGAAACAACUCUAGUGGCUCUACAAGACAUCACACUGGAUAAAAUUUUCGAUGAGCCUGGGCGCAAGUCGUUAUGCGCUGACUUUGCCAAGUUAAUGCAACAGGGUUUCACUUACUUGCCUGCUGGAAUCUGCAUGUCAACUAUGGGGCGCCAUGUUUCAUAUGAACAAGCAGUUGCGUGGAAAGUCCUUGCGGCGGACGAGAGCACUGUUCACUGCCUUGCAUUUUCUUUUGUAAAUUGGUCUUUUGUAUGACGAUUUUAGUUCAUAUAUAUCCAUCACUCCUUCCCCCCCCCCUUGCGUAUGAAAUCUGAAAAUGGAAAAAGAAUUAUGGGAGAUACUUGAACAAGACGGGGAAAGGAAAAUGGAAGUUUUAUACAAUCUAAAUCCCAGCCUCAGGUUUGCAUUACAUUUAUUUAAUUCAAUUUUUUUAAUGCACCCAUAUUUAUGUAGUUGUCCAUGUAAACUUUUGGUAGUGAAGUUUUUCCAUUAAAUAUUGGUAUUGGAACUUGAAAGGGCAAA